GGCCCACCGAGCCAGAUCGCCCGCAGACAGCCGCCCCCUCUGUUGCUGCCUCUUCCCUUGCUGGGUCCGCACCGCACCGCACUGCUCGAAUAGAGUCCGUGCCUGCCUGUCCCUCCGCAGCCCGUGUAGCUCCGGAACCACCACCAUCCAAGUGCGCUCUCCAUCCGGACCGAUGAAGAAGACACCACGCCAUAAUCUCUACGUCCCGAAGCAUCGCCGAAAAGAAGCGAGCGAUGGCGAGGAGCGCCCAGGCGAACCGCCGUCGGCCUCCGAUGCUGAGGCAUGCCAGGCGGAUGAGGCUGGCGACCCCGCCAUCGCCGCCGACGAUGGGCUGGCCUUGCCCCAGACUGGCGCUCCGUCCAAAUCAACAGCAACAGGAUCGAGCGCUGAGCCUGUCCGGCGGGGACGGGGCAACUUCAAAGCCAACUUCACAUCCACCACGACCGCGUCUGCUUCCAAGCUGCUCACGAAGGAGGAGCAGACCGUCCGUGUAUAUCCCGACAACACCAAGAGUGGCAGCGGCUACAGCAAGAAAACGAAGCGAGACCCCCGGACGCCGGAAAAGAACACCGAAGUCGACCAACUCGCCGAGAUCACGGCCACCAAGCUCUCGCUCGGUGAAAGCGCUCAACCGACCGACGCGACAAGCGAAAUAGCCGGCAAGCCCGACCAGGAGGAUCUAGAAGAAUGGGAGCUCAACGAUGCCGAGAUUGCAGUUGCCUCCAAACCCAAUACUCGCUCUGCAAGAAAGAAGCCCAGUCCAGAGCCCAGCUACGACGAACCUAGCGGCCCGACACUGGCGCUCGAGCUCUACGACUUUCCGCCGACGUGGAAGACACACGACAUCCACGCAAUAUUUAGGCAGUUCGAAGAUGCCAAGGGAGGAUACCGCCUCAAAUGGCUCGAGGAUACGAAGGCGCUGAUCAUAUUCGGGAAUGCCUUGACAGCGAAAACCGCCUACCUGGAGACGCUUGACCAUCCGUUUGUUCGGGUCAAGCCCUACGAAGGCCGGAUUCCGACCGAUGGCAGCAAUUCCUCACAGCCGCGCCCUGUGACAACUGACAUGGUUGCUCGGAGGAUGAUUGCCGGGGCACUGGGGGUGCGCACGGUCCGCAAGACAGCCGAGGAGAUGGCCCUCGACAAGCAAAAGCUCCGAGAUGCUGAAAACGAGCGCCGAGCCCAAGCUGCGGCCAAGCUGAAGCGCGAGCGGGAGCUGAACGCUGCCUGGGAGGGCAGUUAAUACCUGUUACAAUCUUCCCCCCCCCUGCCGCCUGCUCGUUUCGCCGACACUACGUGGGUUCGCUGUCGCCCUGGCAGAACAUAUCAAGUUUUAUCAUGUACAUACAGCUCAGAGAAGAAUAACAACCCCCCGGGACACCCUGUUUUCAUAGCUGGCUUGUUUUUUGGUAUGGAAAUACACACCCAUCCAUCAUCCA